CAGUGGAAUUCCUCAAUGCCAUUGCCAUCUUAAAACAAUCGUUCAUUCAACUGUUAAGUGGCCGUGAUUUUAACAUAAUCGCCAGUACUGGCUCAACCGUCGAGCCGUCAGCCGACUUACGUAACUCCGCCAUAUUUCCGCAUUCGCGCGCCAAAAUCAUUUACAAACGUCACACAUACGUCAUUCUCUCAAUAAACGUAGUGAACACGUGGUUUAAGACCUGUCAAGUAGUUUUAUAACUAUUUUUAACUCUAUUUGUAUGGAGCUAACAAUUGAAUUUGCUUAUUCGUGUAAUUAAGCGUGUUUCAAUAUACCUGAGUUUCAAUGUCAUACCAGAGAUAACAUUUCUCGUCUUUAUUUCAUUUUUAAUGAUAGUGAGUGUUCUGUUUGGACGAUGUAACGUGUGAUGCCAAAGUGAUAUUAAUAUAAUUUAGUAAUUAAUGUUAUUUAUUGAAUUGUGAUAUUUAUAUAACUUUAAUUGUUAGUACAAGUAACUUAAAACAUGGACUUCAUAAUCGGCGGCCUAGCCGGCGCCGGCGCAACAAUUUUCACAAAUCCAAUGGACGUUGUCAAAACUCGGAUGCAGUUGCAAGGGGAGCUGCGCGCGCGCACCGACGCUACCACGCGGUAUCGGGGCAUCUUCCACGCGCUGUACGUGAUCGCCAGAGCUGAUGGUGCUUUGGCGUUGCAGAAAGGAUUGGCUCCAGCUAUGGUGCUUGGAUUCACUAUGAAUUCCGUCAGACUGGGCAUGUACCACGUCGCAGAAGUUAACGGUUGGACAAAAAACAAAAAUGGUGACAUUAGCAUAGAAAAAGCAAUGUUUUGGUCAAGUGUGAGCGGUAUUAUGAGUGGUGUGACUGGCAACCCUGCGUCUGUGGUGAAGACUAGAAUACAGGCCGCAGCACACCCUAGUAUAGCUGUUGGAAGGCAGCAUAAGUAUAAAGGAAUGUGUGAUGGCAUCAUCACAAUAUACAAGACUGAAGGGUUCAGGGGUUUCUUUGCGGGAGUCACCGCGACGUGCACGAGGCUGGCCAUCGGCAGCGCCGCACAACUCACCACAUUUUCCAAAGCAAAAGAAGAGUUGCUGUCACAUGGUUUUUUCACAAAUACACCGCUCGGACUCGCCUUCGGAGCCAGCGCUGUUAGUGGCGUGGUGGUAGCCCUAGCCAUAUGCCCGUUUGACGUCACAACUGUCCGUUUAUACAACCAGGGAUCCUCAGCAACGGGCGCCGUCCUAUAUACAGGAGUCCUCGACUGCCUCACAAAAAUAUACAGAACCGAAGGCCUCCACGGUCUUUACAAGGGAUUAGGACCUCUCUACCUAAGGAUAGCACCUCACACUACACUUUCCCUUGUCAUAUGGGACAUGCUCAACAAUCUCUUAGCAAAAAUACAAUGGACUUCCUUGUGGGAGGUCUGGCUGGAGUUGGUGCGGGGUUUUUCAGUAACCCAUUUGAUGUUGUCAAGACUCGCAUGCAGCUGCAAGGAGAGCUGAGGGCUCGGGGAAAGCAUGCGGUCCACUAUAAAAAUGUGCCCCACGCCAUGUUCAAUAUUGUGAAACAUGACGGUGUUGCCGCUCUGCAAAAAGGAUUGGUGCCAGCACUGUGGUUCCAACUUGUUGUGAAUGGGGUAAGGUUGGGCAUCUACCAGCAAGCAGACAACUAUGGCCUCCUUAGAGAUAAGGAUAACAACACACAAUUUGUGAACAGUCUGUUCUUUGGCUGUGUGUCAGGAAUGUGUGGGGGGCUGUGUGGUAGUCCACUACAGCUGGUGAAGACUCAGCUGAUGUCCUACUCCUCACAGAAGAUAGCAGUAGGCACUCAGCAUGCCCACCCAGGCAUGAUGUACGCUUUCCAGAAGAUCUACAACAAGAAUGGCUUAUCAGGAUUAUGGAGAGGUGCCCAUGGGAUGAUGAUGAGGAAUUCCAUUGGAUCUGCAUCUCAAAUUGCUUCUUUUGCUGUAUGUAAAGAAUGGAUGGACAAUAACAACAUGUUCCAACAAUCGAAGUAUUUGUCAGCUUUCGUAGCGAGCAACAUAGGGGCGUUAGUGAAGACUGUGUUCCUGAAUCCGAUGGAUGUCAUCAUGACUCGGCUUUAUAACCAAGCUGUUGACGCAAACGGCCGAGGGGUUAUGUAUGCGGGUAUAGCCGAUUGCGCGCGAAAGAUCGUCAAGGCAGAAGGCCUAAUAGCCUUUUGUAAGGGCAUGGGCCCAUCUUACCUUCGCCAAGCACCCCACACAGUGCUUUUAUUAGUAUUCUGGGAUAUGCUAAAAGAUCUGCAAAAAAGUAUUAAACUACAUGCAUAGCGUUUGAUUUUAUAGUAGUUGCAAUUCUUCGCCUUGGCUAAAGUCUUUGCCCCGGCUAAAGU